UUUCUUUCCUCAUUCCUUGCACAGGUGCCCACCAUGGAACGGCUGCUCCUUAGUCUGCUGGUGAUCCUCGUGCCCACGAUGGCCAUGCAGUGCCCCAAACGGUGCAUGUGCCAGAAUCUGCUCCCUUCCUUCACAGUCCUGUGCACCAAGACUGGCCUGCUGUUUGUGCCCCCCAACAUUGACCGCCGGACAGCCGAGUUGCGGCUGAUGGACAACUUCAUCACCACUCUGAGAAAGAAAGACUUUGCCAACAUGACGAGCCUCAUCCACCUGACCCUGUCGAGGAACACCAUCAGCCAGAUCAUCCCCAGCGCCUUCGAGGACCUGCACGACCUGCACGCCCUGCACCUCGACAGCAACCGGCUGACCACCAUCAGCGACGAACACUUCCAAGGCCUGGCCAACCUGCGCCACCUGAUCCUCAGCAAUAACCAGCUGCAGUCCAUCUCGGAGGGCUCCUUUGAGGACUUUCUGGAGACCCUGGAGGACCUGGACCUCUCGUACAACAACCUGGUAAAGAUCCCCUGGGAGACCAUCAGCCGGCUGGUGAGUGUCAACACGCUCAACCUGGACCACAACCUCAUCGAGUUCGUCCCGGAGGGGAUCUUCUCCAACCUGCACAAGCUUGCCCGCCUGGACAUGACUUCCAACAAGCUCAAGAAGAUCCCUCCAGACCCUCUGUUCCUUCGCAUUCCCGUUUACGCCAAGAUGAAGGGUUCUCCCUUGUCUUCAUUGGUGCUGAGCUUCGGCGGCAACCCCCUGCACUGCAACUGCGAGCUGGUGUGGCUCCGGCGGCUGACCCGCGAGGACGACCUGGAGACCUGCGCCUCGCCACCUGAGCUCACGGGCAAGUACUUCUGGAGCAUCAAGGAGGAGGAGUUCAUCUGUGAUCCCCCCAUGAUCACGCGCCACACUUCCAAGAUGUUUGUCAUGGAGGGCCAGGAGGUGAGCCUGAGGUGCAAAUCCGUUGGAGAUCCCGAGCCAUCCAUCCACUGGAUCUCUCCGGAUGGCAAGGUGAUCGCCAACACGUCCCGCACCACCUCCUAUGAGAAUGGCACGCUGGACAUCCACACGACCACCAUCAAGGACUCAGGCAUCUUCACCUGCAUCGCCUCCAACGCGGCCGGCGAGUCCACGACGCCCGUCGAGCUCAUCGUCAACCCCUUCCCGCUCCUCAGCAAUCGCACGAGCCACAUGAAGGAGUCGGAGCCCGGACCCUCGGACAUCUUGACCGUCAAGUCCGCCAACGACUCUUAUGGCCGCCUGGAGCAGCACGUCUCGGUGUCGGAGCUGACCUCCUCGUCGGCCCUCAUCAGGUGGACGUCCCAGAAUCACAUCCCUGGCAUCCGCAUGUACCAGAUCCAGUACAACAGCUCCUUGGAUGACAUCUUGAUAUACAGGAUGAUUCCGGCGAGCAGCAAGUCAUUCCUGCUGAGUGACCUGGCAUCGUCACGGGAGUAUGACCUCUGCGUCCUGGCCGUGUACGAUGACGGCAUGACAUCACUGACGGCCACCAAGCUCAUUGGCUGUGUGCCCUUCACCACCGACAAGGAGUACAAGCAGUGCCGCUCCAUCCACGAUCAGUUUCUGGGUGGCACCAUGAUCAUCAUCAUUGGUGGGAUCAUCGUGGCGUCCGUCUUGGUCUUCAUCUUCAUCCUCCUCAUGAAGUACAAGCUCUACAACAACUACAGCAAGCAGAAGCAGGCCAAGGUCAGCAACGUCUGCCUGCAGACUAAUGGCAGCCAGCCCGGGGUCCCGUCCGGCGCUGCCAGCAAGUACGAGGUCCCGGGCCAGGAGGUGUUCGUGAAGGGGACGACGGUCGUGGAUCUUAAUCCCGACUGCAGGAAAAGCCUGAGUGAGGACGAUGCCAUGUCACAGUAACGAAGGGGGGCCGCCGGGUUCCGGUGCCACGAGCUUCUGCUGGCGCAUCGGGUGUCAAGAUUCACAAGUAACUCAGGAAAUGUAAAGCUGCUGCAACGACUUUACAGAGAAACGAGGAGAGCCCCACGGGUGGCUCACCGAAGACCCCCGAUGUCCUGCUUGUUGGCCGAUUCCCUGGUUGUCACCUCUGGACUGCUCACCAAGCCCCGUGAAGUCACUGUACCCUGGAUUGGUCAUCGACGCCCCUCUUGGGGUUUCAUUUGCUCUGCAGAUUGUCUGGGGGCUGCGGCCUGUGGUGUCACCUGAAGGUCUUCCGGCGAGCACCUCAGCGCUAAGAGGGGACGACGUGAAGAGAGGGGACGUCUUGUGGCCCACCGGCCGCUGGCUCCAGCUUUCUUUUCUCUUUUCUUUUUGGCACUCGCAGCGGGAUGCGGACUUCUGAACUUUGGAAUCUUAAUGCGGCCCGAGAGGAGAGCGGCUCACCGAUGAGUGGCGGACAGUCGGGUAGAGGGCUGGCAUCCUUUGGGGUUCAAAUUCAUAUUUUUCUCCAUAAAGGUAAAUCUGACGCGUUGGAUUUCAUAGACACCAAAAAUCUGCGUUUUUAGA